GAGAUGCCUGAGAGAAGGGGCUUUCCUGUAGCUCUUCCAGGAUUGGUCUCUGCUCUUCUGCAGUGAGCAGGGCGGGGGAACCCUGUGGGAGAGCAGUGAUUUGUUUGUCUUUGCUUGGCCCCUUCCACCUCCCUAGACUUUUUUAAAAAGCAUAAUGGAAAAAACUGUCCACAGUGGAAUGGGAGAGAAAAAGAAAGCAGGGCAUCAGGUGAGCUGUGGGGACACAGUUGCCUGCAGAGACUGGAGCCCUGCCUUCUAUCAUCUCUGAUUGAACUAAGGGGCCUUCCCCUUGGCUUAGGUCUCCAUUUGUCCUGCUCUUACUCUCAGCUGAGACACCUCUUUGUUCUUGGUUUGCUUAGCACCUGGGUGACAGAGAAUGCAGCUUCUCUUGGAGAGUACACAGUCAGAGAUGGCAACCUUAGAUUGUCUAUUGAAUGCAGUCCUUUUGCAGAUGAGGAAACCAAGGCCUGGGAUUAUUUUGAGUGGGUAGCAGUGUGGUCUCCUGAUAGCUACACUGCAGCCUCAGAAGUAUUUUCCGGGGCCUAGGUAUGUGACAAAGGGACUUUGUUGCAACUAAGGAGAUCAGGGUUCUGGUGGAAGAGCCCAUUCCAGCCACUGCAACUCCUGCAAAGCUGAGCCUGUGCCAAAUUUGUGCUGGUGGUACACUGGGGAGUGUGUAUGUACCAGCUCAGAUUUGCUGAAAGGAGGAACCUGUAUCUUGUGUGUGGCUCUAGUAGGAAGGUGGCUUGAGAGCUUGGGGUGAGGUUCUCCCUAUAAAGCUGUAUAUGGGUUUUGGAGAACCUAACCUGCUGGAGAAAGACUAUGCAGGCUGAUGGAGCCACAACUUUAGAUCUUGGCUGGCCCAGUCCUUUUAAUUUACCAGAUAAGGAAACAAGAGGCCUGGAGCCAUGAAGAGAUUUUUCCCAGGUCCUGUAAUGAGCAAAAGACUCAUGAACGGCCACCUAGCUGACCAGGUCAAAGCACUAUGCAUUGCUAUGCUGAUUAACUCUGUCCUUCUGGCCCUUGUGUGGGCAGAGCUGUGCCUGAGUCCCAUGCUUAUUGGCCAUGGGAAGCUGGCAAAUAUGAGGCAGGCCUUGUACCUCCCUUCCCCAUUUUGGCCCCAAAGGUUCUUUCUGGAGCCAUUUCCAAUUUCAGAUACUCAAUCUUCUCAGAUACCCAGGAAUUGGGUCUAACCCUCCUGCAUCCUAUAGCUUCCCAAUCCUAGUCCUCAGCUAGCUGUCAGGUGGGAAAGACUGGGAAAUAUGUCUGUUAUAUAGUGGUAUCCAGGUCCCCAAGGGGAUACUGCAGUGCUUAUUGGACUCUGGUGCUCCAUGGAGAGGCAGUGAUCAAGGGAGGGGGUCAUUCCUGGGUCCCUCUGAGACCCCAGCUUCUGACUCUGCAUGGACAUGUGCCCUGCAGGUUGCACUUCCCCCAGCUGGCCCUGCGAAGGAGGCUAGGCCAGCUGAGCUGCAUGUCCAGACCUGCCCUGAAACUGCGCUCCUGGCCCUUGACUGUUCUCUACUACCUCCUGCCCUUUGGUGCUCUCAGGCCACUCAGCCGGGUGGGAUGGAAGCCUGUGAGCAGGGUGGCCCUGUACAAGUCAGUGCCAACACGUUUGCUGUCACGGGCCUGGGGUCGCCUCAACCAGGUGGAGCUGCCGCACUGGCUGCGCAGGCCUGUCUAUAGCCUGUACAUCUGGACCUUCGGGGUGAACAUGAAGGAGGCCGCUGUGGAGGACUUGCACCACUACCGCAACCUCAGCGAAUUCUUCCGGCGCAAGCUGAAGCCACAGGCCCGGCCUGUCUCUGGGCUGCACAGUGUGAUCAGCCCAUCGGAUGGGAAGAUCCUCAACUUCGGGCAGGUGAAGAACUGUGAGGUGGAGCAGGUGAAGGGGGUCACUUAUUCCUUGGAGUCAUUCCUGGGCCCUCGCACCUACAUGGAAGACCUGCCUUUCCCACCAGCCUCUUCAUGUGACUCCUUCAGGAACCAGCUGGUUACCCGGGAAGGGAAUGAACUCUACCACUGUGUCAUAUACCUGGCCCCUGGGGACUACCACUGCUUCCACUCACCCACUGACUGGACUGUCUCCCAUCGGCGCCACUUCCCAGGCUCCCUGAUGUCAGUGAACCCUGGCAUGGCUCGCUGGAUCAAAGAGCUCUUCUGCCAUAACGAACGGGUAGUUUUGACAGGAGACUGGAAACAUGGCUUCUUCUCGCUGACAGCUGUGGGGGCCACCAACGUGGGCUCCAUUCGCAUCUACUUUGACAGGGACCUGCACACAAACAGCCCAAGGUACAGCAAGGGGUCCUACAACGACUUCAGCUUUGUGACGCACACCAACAAGGAGGGAGUCCCCAUGCGCAAGGGUGAGCAUCUGGGCGAAUUCAACUUGGGCUCCACCAUUGUGCUCAUCUUCGAGGCCCCCAAGGACUUCAAUUUCAGGCUGAAAGCAGGGCAGAAGAUCCGCUUUGGGGAGGCUUUGGGCUCCCUCUAGGUCUUCCUUCUGCCUACGACUGCCAAUGCAUCUAAGGGAACUAAGGGUCUUUUAUAGAAGCCUCCAGGGUGUCUAGGCAAGGGAAUCACCUCAGGUGUGUGUGGGAAGGUCGAUCCAGUAGAACCUGAAUGAUUUGCUACUGCCUGUCCCAGAGGUGCAGACAAGAGAUUCUGAAUCCUCACGAGGCAGCCAAAACCCGUCAUGCCUGUGACCUACCCUACAGAGAGAAAAAGUAUAGGUGUGGAUAACCUCACAAUCACAUCUGGAUCUUUUUUAAAUGUUGUAUAAACUGGAGACUCUUCUCUCCUGGUUGGUCUUGGAUAUUGUUAGGCGAUGCUAAGUGCGAACAUGCCCUCUAGCCAUUCCUCCCCAUAACUGGAGAGUUUUGUUGGACCCUUUGGCUUUUUCUGGUCUUGUCCCUCUUGUCCCUUUACCUCCCAUAGUGCACAGGAUGAACUGCCUCUUUGGCAUGGAUUGUGGACCCUCCCUCCCAGAGCAGGCCACACAGACUUCAUGACAACUAUUUUCUGUUCCCAAACUUGCCUCACCCUGCUUGAUGGAAAAGCAAAAUCUUUCUUUGCAUUUGGGGCUUGACUGCAUUGCUCUGGACUCUUGCCGGGAUCUUCUGAGGAUGGUAACUAUGACACGGACCUUUCUAGGCCCUGAGGAGUGACCUUCCAGAGCUUCCUUGCAGCAGGCAAGGCCAAUUACUGUCCCACCUGGUGGCUAGGCUGAAUGGGGCAGGCAGGAGGGGUAGAAGCCUAGUUUGAGCUGGCAUCGCUGUUUCCAGAUCCAGCUCUACAUGAAGUAUGGGAAAUUGCUGUUGUUCCAAGGACUGUGUUGGAGGCUAAAGGUGUAUGGUGGGUCAGUACUAGAAAACCUGUCCCAGGUGACAGGUAUGUAGGCCUUGAGCAGUGGUGGGGACAGUCAGGUUACCUGUUGUUCCUGUGAAUUUCUCCUCCAGGGGAAGUCAUUGAAUUUUUUCAACUGUAUCAGUAGCACAGUAUUUUUGUAUGAAAAGUGGGAGACUUCUGAACAGUAAUUCAUUUAAUUGCAAGACAUUUUGAAAUAAAAAGCUUAAAACUCA